AAUGCUGUUGAUCACGGCUCAUAAUGCCACCCCGCCUGAUUUCCCAAGAGGGUCGGCAGACCCAUUUCGUGAUCUGGACACUUGCAGUUCUGUGUGCCAUCCUUACGAUAGCUGUUAUCGUCGCAGGCAUAGCGGUGUUUGUAGUGUACAUGGUCUACCAACCAAAGAUGCCCUACAUCAGGGUGGCCUAUGCACAUCUCGACGAGCUUCUCUAUGAUCAAUUAGGGUUGCUCGAGAUAGACAUAACCCUAAAUUUGGAGGCAGUGAAUGAUAACAACAAGGCCCACACCAGCUUCUCGGCCCUGAGCUUCCUUCUCCAGUUCCAUGACAUUGAUGUUGCAGUGCUGAAGUCCAACUCGCUCGAGGUUCCUAAGAACAGCUCCCGCCCACUCAAUUAUCACUUUCACUCGUCGCCAAUACCACUGGACCAGGAUGCAAAGGAGGCCAUGGACAAGGCGUUGAGGCGGGGAAUCGUGCCAUUUGAUCUCAGAGGGCAUGCAAAAACCAGGUGGAAGGUGGGCAUCUUUGUCUCCGUGAGGUUCUGGACACACAUCUCGUGCCGACUCCAUUUCUUCCAGACAAAUGGCAGUACAGUUGAGUCAGGUUGCAGCACCACAUCCCAUUGAUUGCCGUCGAAUCAGAUUGAAUCCAUUUCCCCUAAACAACAACAACUCCAUUUCACAUAAAUUUACAAAAUCUGUAUAAUCUAGAUCUUGCUCGGUGAUAGUUAAACAGAGAUGCAUAGAAUGUGGCUAAUAAUGGAAUAAGAACAAGAAUCUUGUGAAUUCAUAAAUAAGAACACAAACCUUGUUCUUCAUGUUUUUGCCUCUACUUUCUCUCAAUAGCAUCUUCUCCAUUUCCCUCAAGUUUAUGAAAUCUGUAUGUUACUAGAGCAGUCUAGAUCUUGCUUGGUGAUAGUUAAACAGAGAUGCAUAGAAUGUGGCUAAUAAUGGAAUAAGAACAGAAAUUUUCUGAAUUCAUCAAUAAGAAAC